GUAAACAUCUACAGACGUCAAGGUGAGGGAGACACAGUGGAUGAGGGGACGUGAUAAAAACUGAUUCAAGUGCAGCUGAGUUUGAAAAGAAAUGGUAAACCGAUAUUUUGAAAGCUGUCUCUGUCUCGAGGGGAGAUCAUAUUACUGAGAGCCUCCUUCAUUAUGGUGGACCUGUUCGUCGAGCACGUCCUAGUGAAGAACAACAGGGACCGGGACGAGCUGGACACGGAACGAGAGAUCGUCCUGCGCCUGCAGAACCGCGUCCUCAUGCUCUUCUUUGCAUCUGCCGCAUGCGAGAGCUGCCAGCAGUUUGCUCCCACGCUCGCCGACUUCUUCAAACGACUGACGGAUGAAUUUUACGUGGAGCGCGCUGCUCAGCUGGUUCUCCUGUACAUCAGUUUGGACCAGUCAGAAGAACAGCAAGAAAGCUUCCUCAAAGAGCUGCCCAAGACGUGCCUGUUCCUGGCCUACGAGGACCCCUACAGGAGGCAGCUGGAGGCCAUGUUUAAUGUGGAGGAGCUGCCCACGGUGGUGGUGCUGCGCCCCGACUGCUCCAUCCUCACCCCCAACGCGGUGGAGGAGAUUCUGUGCCUCGGCCCGCGCUGCUACCGCAACUGGCAGGAGGCAGCAGAGAUGAUCGACAGGAGCUUCAUGAUCAGCGAGGACUUCCAGGGGAAGUCCCUGUGCAGCUUGAGUGACCCUGUGAGGAGGCUGAAGUACAAGGUGGAAGAUGAGAAGCAGAAAAAGUCCAAGAAAAACAGAAGAGGUGGGCUUGGAGGUGGGGGGGCAGAUGCAGAGGUGGAUGGAGGAGGGUCGCCGUGGUGAUUGGGUUAAAGCAUGGGGUUCCCCUCAAAGCUCCUUACAGUUCAUUGUGACCUUUCAAACGGCCCUUUCUGUUGCUGCAGACAUAUUUCUGUUAUAAGUGGUGUGAUAUGCCAACAACCAAUAAAAAGUCAUGUAAGUCUAUGGAAAUGGAGCACUAAAUACUGCUAGCCCUGGCUUAGAGUUGGCUAUUUUUAAUGUCUACGAAAAGCGGCCAAGUACACAGUCAAGCCAAGGUCAUGUCUGAGCCAAGAAACACCAUAAUGGCUUGUUUUAUUACACCCAGGAGAUUAUUCCAACCAUUUUCCCAUUUUCAACGAUGCAGCUCUGCAAUGCAAUGAACUUUUACACGAUCAGAUGUCCUGUCCAAUCAAAACACGUCAUAUUCUGAAAUCAAUGAAUUAUUCAGCGCCAUUAAAAUAAUUUUGUUGGUGACUGUUGUGCGUUGAGGGUUUAUGAAAUCUAGUUCCACUUUGCAGGCGACACCAGACGCAAUCAGGGCUAUUCAAAGGCAGUCAAGUGAAAUUAUAGAGAAACUGGCUUUUCUUCAUAAUCAGUGAUUUCCUUUGACAUGACUCAUCCUCUUUUUACAUCAAGAACUGUGUUUAGUCGUUGCACACUUCCUUGCACGUGUAGACUGCAUAAACGAGGCUUUUAGUCAAGGGCAGCAUGAACCAGGGGAAGGCGUGAGGAUUUUCUAAAGCGAUGAACACACGGAUGAGAAUAAACAUAAUCUGGCAGGGAAGACCUUUGCUCAAAAUAAAUAAGGAGGGCAGAUGACCUAAUCAGGGGUACAGAUGAGUAAUCGAGGGCAGAUUAAGAACAUAAAGGAUGGUGGUCAGGAUUUAAGAGCAGAAGCAAAAAAAUCGAGGACUGACAUGCGUGGGGAAAACAUGCGUCUGAAAAGUGACAGAUGAUGAAAGCACAAUGUCAUCAGGUGUCAUGGUGACAGGUUGAUUGCUGGGUUGGACGUGCUCGAGGAAAUGACGCGAUGAUCCGUUUAAAAGCACCCAUAGAGUGAUUGACCAACAUGUCCUCCCUAAACAAAGCACAGCUCUCUCUUCAGUUCAUUGGACCAAACCUGUGUCCUGGGUGUCUUCUGCAUGUCCCAGGAGCCUCGAGUAGAUGCUACACCUUUACCCCAGCAGGUCUGACCCGAUGAGAAGACAAAGAGGCCCAAAUACACGUGAGCCGCAUGUUCAUUGCGUGGUAUUCCUCCAUGCAGCAGCUCAUUG